AUCUUCUAAACAUGCCAUUUGGUGUAGGAAUUCCGAUAUGUGUCCAAUGUGGGACGACAGGCAACCCUUGCCGGUGCAAGGUGGUAGGGCCGACGGUAGGAUUCCUGGCGUUUGUGGCGGCGGCGGUGGUGGAGUGGCCGGUGGGAGCUGUGGUUUAUUGCUUCAGGCACACCAAGGGUCGCAAGAUCAUGGCUCAUCCUGCCGACGUUGUGCUUCCUUCUGUUACCAAUGCCAUCCCCAUUUGAAACUCCCUCCACCCAUGAGUAAGAAAGGUUUUUAAUCAAUUUUGAAUCUGUUCACUGCGGGGCAUCCAGGACGCUCAAGGGGGUAUGGACUGCAUGAGGCCUCCUUUCGUCAGAUUCAUGGGAUGAAUUCAUCGUGUGGUUCAGGAAAA